AUGGCACGCAAACAAAACAAAAAGUCCCAUUUGGCGAAACAUUUAAAGCCCGUCGAAAAUGUUUCUACAUCAGCAAACGCCAAUGAUUCGCUUGGAUCUCAUAUUGAGAACGCAGAUUUGCCAGAUAAACAUCGUCGAACCAGUAUAUUGAUUACUGGCGGCGACGAGGCUCUUCCACACAAUCAAUCAGUGGACGACGCUAUAUCGUCCAUGGCCAAACGGUCUGCCAGCUUUACCGACCAAAAGAUAUUGAGGAAAAGUCUGGUGACCGAAGGUGACGAAAUUAAGGAACAAUUAAAGACUCUCGAAAAAGAGUCGGAGCAUGAGCCAUCGGAAGUUAUGAUUGAGGAUGACGAUGGCAUGGACGGUGAAGAUGAUCACAUUGCGCCUAACCAAUUUGAGGAAGCCAUAAAGAAGAAUAAAUUAGAGAUCGACGACCAAGCGUCUGGUGGAAACAAUGGAGGUGUCCAACAGGAGCUUUCUCCAAGAACAACAUCCAAUGCAGACAAGCAAUUGGACUUCGGAAGUAAGGAUAAGGACGCCCAUGCGUUGGCUGCAGAUGUCAGCGAAUUAGCAUCCCAAGACAAUAACAAUACAAGUUCCAAUAAUGAUCCAAUAACCUUAGUUGGAGAUAAGCGAAAAAGUGAAUUGCAGGAGUAUAUUCCCGAAACAGGUGUAGACAACGAUUUCAACCCCGCUCAGGAAGACUUGGCUCAAGCACAUAAAGAGGGAAAAGAAGAGGUACCAGAAUCAUCGGAACCAUCAAAAAAAGAUACUUUACCAUGGGAAUCAGAAGCGCUGACUGACGCCAAGUUGCCAUGGGAGACAGAAGAUACGAAUUCCGAUAAGAAAGCUACGGAUCAGUUGCCUUGGGAAGAAAAAGAGUCUAAAACAAGUGAU